AUGGCUUCAGCAUAUCCAUCCGCCGUUGUUUGCGGCUCGCAGACCCCUCCGCCCUCCAGAGACUUCCUACAGCGCAUUCAAUCAAAUGUCAAAGACCCAAAGUUGAAAGAGCUUGCCAAGGCAGUUGAUGACCUGCCACGAUUCUGGUCACAUUUGGUCGAGGUCAAGCCCGUCUUGAGCCAAGUCGACGACGAGCCCCUGAAAAAGCUGAAAGAUUGGGCCACUGCGGAUGAGUGUCUUUUGGAAAUACCAGAAGGCUUGCCAAACAUUCUAAUGGCACCGCUCACGGUCAUUAUCCACCUGGUUCAAUAUCUCCGAUUUGUGCUCUCCUUGGAUGCCGAUGAUUCCCAAGAAGACAGACAUCAACGUAUUCUGCAUUCGAUUUGCAAAGGGGGAUUCCAAGGACUUUGUACAGGCUUCCUCAGUGCUGCCGCUCUGGCAUGCUCCGGGUCGGAAAGAGACAUAUGGUGCAACGCUACUGUCGCAUUGAGAUUAGCCACGUGCGUUGGCGCCUACGUUGACCUGGACAGGUUGAUGCAUGGGAGUACAGGAAGCUACACCUGUGUCAUCAUACAUUGGGAAGAUAGCAGUGGAAAGGAUCGAGUAACAGAUGUUCUGAAACAGCAUCCUGGGGUGUACACAUCUGUCGAGCUUGACGAUAGAAGCAUCACCGUCACAGCCAGACUCUCCGAGGUCUCGUCGCUGCGGGCCGACCUGGAAGCACAAAACGCUAAGGUGACAAAAAUUCCCGUCAACGGACGAUAUCAUAGCAAGACGCAUGCCGGAAUUCUCCAAGACCUCCUUGAACUCUGCGAGACUGAAGGGUCCCUUCGCUUCCCCAUUAUUGACACACCAUUGGUCCCCUUGAGAAAUAACACCACCGGGGGUUUGAUCACAUCAGCGGAGAAGCUGCAUGAGCUUGCCUUGAAAUGCGUGUUGACGGAGCCAGCUGACUGGCUCUCGACCAUGACAGAGACUGUUUCCAGUUUUAUAUCACAGUCCGAGAAAGCUGAGCGGCCGCUCAUAUUGGAGUUGGGCCUUGUGAGCUGUCUCCCCCGAUCACUUACAGCAUCCGCAAGCCUUCAAGUUUUCUCGCCGCCGUUGACCUCGACCGUUUCGCCGAAAGAAGAAAAGUCAUCGAUGACUGAGGAAGGUCAUUAUCACUACCCUGAGCACUCUAUUGCCGUCAUUGGAGCUGCUUGCAAAUUCGCUGGUGCAGAAGCUAUGCACCAGUUUUGGGACCUCAUUCAAUCAGGAGGCACAAAGAUUGGGGACCUUCCCGAAGGCAGAAUUGCGAUAUCCAACUCGUGGCGCAAGGUGCCACAGGAAAGACCUCUAAGGGGCAACUUCCUUUCCAAUGCAGACCACUUUGACCACGGACUCUUCGGAGUAUCUCCACGGGAAGCUACAUACAUGGAUCCGCAACAGCGGAUUGCGUUACAUGUGGCGUACCAAGCUGUUGAGUCAUCUGAAUACUUUGGGAAUAGUGCUAGAGACAAGAAUAUCGGCUGCUACGUUGGCGUCGGAGGUUCCGAUUAUGACCAUAACGUCGGCUCUCAUGCUCCGACGGCGUUUUCAUUCACAGGCACUGCUCGAGCCUUUGUGAGCGGUCGAAUAAGCCACUACUUUGGCUGGACGGGGCCGUCGAUGACCAUUGAUACUGCGUGUUCCUCUUCAGCUGUGGCUAUCCAUCAGGCAUGUAAGGACAUCAGAAUGGGCGAAUGCAGCAUGGCUCUGGCAGGAGGAGUCAACAUAAUUUCCUGUCCGAAUAUGCAACAGAACUUGGCGGCGGCCAGGUUUCUGAGUCCGACUGGUCCUUGCCGCCCAUUCGAUGCUUCUGCUGAUGGCUAUUGCCGUGGAGAAGGAUGUGGCUUUGUCAUGUUGAAGAAGCUAUCAUGUGCUGUGGCCGACAAUGAUGAUAUUCUAGGCGUGAUUGUCGGAUCGGCAGUGAAUCAUUGCGAUGGCAACGAAGCAAUCACGGUCCCAACAUCACACUCGCAGGUCAACCUCUAUCGCAAGGCUCUGUCGCUGGCAGCCAUGCAACCCAAGGACAUCACCUACGUUGAGGCUCACGGCACUGGUACUCCGCGGGGAGACCCAGUCGAAUGCAGAAGUAUUCGGCAAGUGUUUGGGGGUUCCACGUUGCAUUUUGGCUCUGUCAAAGCCAACAUAGGGCAUGCAGAGGCAGCGUCAGGAAUUGCAGGGCUCCUCAAAGUGCUGUUGAUGAUUCGAAAUCAACGAAUACCACCACAGGCCAAUUUCACCACCUUGAAUGCAUCGAUUCCGCCACUCGAAUCGGACAACAUGUCGAUCCCAACCAAUGACCUCGAAUGGAAGGCCACUUUCCGUGUCGCUUGCAUCAACAAUUAUGGGGCAGCGGGCAACAACGCCGCAGUGAUUGUUUGCCAGCCGCCCACAAAGAGACCGCGACCAGAGUCUAGUGCUGGCAAUAAUGACCGACCACAGUUGUCUCGAUAUCCAUUCUUGAUAUCUGGGCAAUCGGAAAGGAGUCUGAAGAUGUACUGCACUGCGCUCAGUCGGUGGUUAGAAAAUACCCACGCCCCAUUGUCACAUAUCGCGUUCAAUGUGGCUCGAAGGCAGAAUCGGACUCUUCGUCAUCGCAUCAUCUUCGAUGCAAGUUCGCGAAGUGACUUAAACAGCAUUCUUGGAGAGAAAUCGAGGCCGCAUGAGCAACUAUCGUCGCCUUCACCUAAGCCCAAGCCAGUUGUUCUGGUCUUUGCAGGCCAAACCGGGAACAUUGUUUACCUGCAUAAAGCUGCGUAUGAAGGUUCAAGUCUGUUGCGAUCACACAUUGAUCAGUGCGAUGGGAUUCUCCGCAAAUUGGGCUACAGUGGCCUGAUCCCAUUCUUAUUUGGCCAACAGCCGAUAGAGGACGUAGUGCUCCUUCAUUGCCUGUUCUUCUCGCUGCAGUACGCAUGCGCCGCGGCUUGGAUUGAUGCGGGCUUGCCCGUCAAGCGUGUGAUAGGCCAUAGUAUUGGUCAGUUCACUGCAAUGUGUAUCUCAGGAGUUACGACGCUUACCGAUACACUGAAGCUGGUUGCGGGGCGGGCCAGAUUAAUCCAGCAAAAAUGGGGCAAACAAAGGGGCUGUAUGCUUGCCGUUGAGGUAGGCAGGCAGGGAGCUCUCGAGCUCGUCCGCUCAGUCCAAGAUCAUAGGAUCGAGAUUGCAUGCUUCAAUGGAGCCAGGAACCACGUCCUAGUUGGUACUGAAGGGGCCAUCCAGACAAUUGAGGCCAAGACAUCAUUGAAGACCCGAAAGUUAAAGACUACCCACGGCUUUCACUCUGAACUAGUUGACUCUUUGCUGGAUGACUAUAUGGUUCUAGCACGGAGUAUCACUUAUGCCACGCCGAAUAUUCCGGUCGAAACAUGUUCAAUGGGUGCUAGCUGGAAGGAGUUCACUCCGGAGAUGGUUGUUCGUCAUUCGCGCGAAGCAGUAUAUUUCUUCGAUGCUAUUUCUCGAGUUGAUGAAGAGCUAGGACCUUGUACGUGGGUCGAAGGAGGCGCCGGAUCCAGAGGUAUAGCACUUGUGAAGUGUGCCCUGGGGACCAAAAGCAGCUCAGGGCAUUCUUUUCAUCGUCUACAACUGGAUUCGCGCGAACCUCUCGCAUCAUUAGCAGAAACAACCUUGCAGAUGUGGAAUGAAGGCCUUGAUGUGCAGUUCUGGCUCUAUCAUACCAUAGAGAAGACAACAUUUGACUCUUAUGACGUUCCUGGUUACCAAUUUGAAGAGACGGCAUACUGGCUUUCAUGUUCUGACCAAGCACGCCAAAGCGACUCUGAGCGGGAGAAGAUCAUUUCUGACCAAGAGAAGCCACUAGUCUCUUUGCUGCGUUACGAGGACUCCAGACGCGAACAACGGGAAUGGCAUUUCGAAAUCAAUCAUUCUCAUCCGGACUUUAGCAGAUACUUGAACGGACGUGAGGUCCUUGGGGAGGCUUUGUGUCCUGUGUCGGUGUUUGUCGAGCUGGCCACUCAAGCUGUGGCUAUUUGCGGUGGCCACGAAUGCUCGAUGGCGUCUACUCGUGUACAGGUUCUGGAUCUGGAAAUCCAUAACCCGCUUGGGCGCGCUCCUGGAGUUCGCGUUGGCCUCAGGCUCAAACAUGUCGGAUCAUGCAAGAGGGGAUUCUCGAUAAUCAGUGAAAAGGACGCCCAGAGCAUAUGCCACGCGACAGGAACGAUUUCACUUCAGCAGGAGCGACAUGGCAAAUCCAAAAUGGGGUCCCAGUGGUCGGCGAUCCAGAGGGUAAUCGGAUACAGUCAUAUCCAGAAUAUCCUGAAUGACCCUUCGGCGAUUUCCAUGAAAGGAAGCUUAAUAUAUAAAAUACUCGAGAAAGUGGCCGAAUACGAGCCUUGCUAUAGGGGCAUCAAAGCCAUGACCAUAAAAGACACCGCGGCAGUCGCCCAGCUGGAAAUGCCGGUGAUAGAUCGCAACAACUCGGAAAUAGCAGUCUGCAACCUGAUGGACCAGUUCGCAUUGAUCGCAGAAGUACAGGCGCUGUGCAGGGAUGAUUGCAAGAGAGAUGAUGUAUUCAUCUGCUCCGGCGUAAGUGAAUUGGCCACAUUCAAGUGUCUUCAAUCAGAGACGGGACCAUGGACUGUUUAUACUCGACAAACACGCCGCGGGUCCAGGGAGCUCGUGUGCGACACAUUCGUAUUUGACUCAACUAAUAAAACUUUGAUCGCCGCCAUUCUCGGAGCGAGGUUCAUUCGGAUUACGAUCAGUUCUCUCCAGGGAAUUGUCAAGAGAGCCGGUCUCAACAGUCCGACUUCGGAACCCUCGGUCAAGAAGGCAGAAGAGCUAUAUCAACCAGCCAUUGAAUCAUGCCGCCCUUCACAUGACAGUGAUGUCUCGAAUACCCUCCCUAUACUGAGUCGGCUGCUUCACGAGAUAACUGGAAUUCCUCCAAGCGAGGUUUCCGCCAGCACACUCCUUGUAGAAGCUGGUGUCGAUUCCCUCGCCGCGACUGAGUUGGAAAAUCGGGUUCAAGAAGUGUUCAAUCUUCACAGACCGGUCUCUCUCUACGAAAGACAAUUUGACGUUGGGACGCUUUGUCGAGAAAUUCAGACGCAGCGAGACGACCGGCUUGCUCGAGCUUCGCGAACGACGACUGCCACCCGGAAUACUUCAUCCUCUCUCGGCCGACGUACAUCAUCCACUGAAUCACUGUCUGACGAUGCGGAGGCACGACCUUUUAGAGAGAGCGAUGCUGUGCUUGCCCAACUAUCAAGGAUGUUGUCACAGAGCUUCAAUAUCACAGAGAGCAUACUCCCUGAAACCGAGCUUCGGAGUCUAGGUUUGGACUCUUUGGUCGCCGUCGAGCUCGAGUCUGAUCUGGAGGAAGCAUUUGGCUUAAAGGUUGAUUUGAUGCGACUGAGUCCUGAGCUUACGAUGGGCGAACUCGCGCGUCUUAUUUUGGCGUCCAAGCCUCAAACGUCUCGCCACAUGGCACCUUCCAUUGUGGAUUCUGGACAAAUGACGGAACCAGAGAGUCAGACGUAUUUCGGUUGA